AUGUCGAUGAUUGUUGACCAUUUUCCAAGUUCUCAAACAGCCUGUUUCCUCAAAGGUAUAGCUUUUGGGAUUAUACUCAUUCAAUAAGACAACUACCGAGCUUCAAUCUUUAAAUUCGACAGUUUUUAAAUCAUCGUGUAAGAAAUAUUGUUUAACGACUUCAAUCAGAAGAUAUUGAUUUAUCACUUCGUACACGACGAAUCUGAUACGUAACGUUACACGGUAAGACCUACCAUUGAGAAAUACUGACUUCUUAGCAGCCAAGAUGCCAAGACGGAAGCUCGCUCGUGAAACAAGUGCGCCGCGUUUACCAUUUCUUAAUUGCGUGCCUUUGCAACGAGAUACACUUUGCUCUCUGUCGUUACAAAAUCCCUCGUUCCUCUAACCUUUCUCGCGUCUGGUUCCAGGUCAAGUGGACCUUUGGACACAAACGACGAACGGCUGCGCGUGCAGUUUUAAUUCGUCCAGCAACGAAUGCGCGUGCUGCGUGCCAUCCGGAGGAUGUAGCUGCGGGGCUGCGUCGCCGGACAGAUGCGCUCAGUGCGGCCUGGAGCAAUACUGCGCCAACAUGUGCAACAUCACGUUGGACAGCAGACAGUUGUUCAGCAAAUCGGAUCGCGGCUUCGGGCAAAUAAAGUCGCCGUCUCUCGAAGGGCCGUCACGAUGUACGUACAGGUUCGUGCCGGACACCGGCCAACGAGUCGAGUUGCAGAUCUAUCGGUUGAUCUCCAUCGGACGGCACAACGGCACAGCGUAA